AGGUUCUCCCCUGAUGUGCUGAACCGUCCAUCCUGUCAGGGCUGCUGUGUCUGAAGGUGAGGAGCAGCCGGCCGGCUGGGGGCUUUGAAGAGGAACACUCCCGGAUCUCCCUGGCUCACCGCCUGCCAUUCGGUUCUGGGUGGCGUUCCGAGUCUGGCUGGGGCCACCAUGGGGUUCCUCUGAGCCCCCGGAGCGAGCUUCAGGUGUGACUGGUGGUGCUGCUCCUCACGGACAAUGUGGCUCAUACUCCAGAGGAGCCUGUCCUUGUUCCCCGCUCUCCAAGUGCCUGAGCUGGCUGCAGGCCGGGACCUUUGCCUCGUGCUCUGGGUUCUGAGCCUGGCUGUUGUACAGAUGGAUGGCCAGCUCUACUCGCCGACUGUCAACACACACUAUGGAAAGCUACGAGGGGUCCGGGUUCCACUGCCUAGUGAGAUUCUGGGUCCCGUGGAUCAGUACCUGGGGGUGCCGUAUGCAGCCCCGCCCAUUGGGGAAAAGAGGUUCAUGCCCCCGGAGCCCCCCUCCUCUUGGUCUGGAAUAAGGAAUGCUACCCACUUCUCACCGGUCUGUCCUCAGAACAUCCACAGUGCAGUCCCCGAGAUCAUGCUGCCCAUCUGGUUCACCUCCAAUUUGGACAUAGUCGCCACGUACAUCCAGGACCCCAACGAGGACUGCCUGUACCUCAACAUUUACAUUCCCACCGAGGAUGUAAAACGGAUUUCCAAGGAAUGCGCCCGAAAGCCCAACAAGAAAAUGUGUAGGAAAGGAGGAGCCAGCGCUAAGAAACAGGGCGAGGACUUAGCGGAUAAUGAAGGGGACGAAGAUGAAGACAUCCGCGACAGCGGGGCCAAGCCCGUGAUGGUCUAUAUCCACGGUGGCUCCUACAUGGAGGGCACAGGGAACAUGAUUGACGGCAGCAUCCUGGCCAGCUACGGCAACGUCAUCGUCAUCACCCUCAACUACCGCGUGGGCGUGCUAGGCUUCCUGAGCACUGGGGACCAGGCGGCCAAAGGGAACUACGGGCUGCUGGACCAGAUCCAGGCGCUGCGCUGGGUCAGCGAGAACAUCGCUUUCUUUGGGGGCGACCCGCUGCGCAUCACCGUCUUCGGCUCGGGCAUCGGCGCCUCCUGCGUCAGCCUGCUCACGCUGUCCCACCACUCGGAAGGUCUCUUCCAAAGAGCCAUCAUCCAGAGCGGCUCUGCCCUCUCCACCAGCCUGCUGGCCGACAAGGUGGGCUGCAACGUGCUGGACACAGUGGACAUGGUGGACUGUCUGCGGCAGAAGAGCGCCAAGGAGCUGGUGGAGCAGGACAUCCAGCCAGCCCGCUACCACGUGGCCUUCGGGCCUGUCAUUGAUGGGGACGUCAUCCCAGACGACCCGGAGAUCCUGAUGGAGCAGGGCGAGUUCCUGAACUAUGACAUCAUGCUGGGGGUGAACCAGGGGGAGGGGCUGAAGUUUGUGGAGGGCGUGGUGGACCCUGAGGACGGCGUGUCGGGCAGUGACUUUGACUACUCCGUCUCUAACUUUGUGGAUAACCUGUAUGGCUACCCCGAGGGGAAGGACACCUUGCGGGAGACCAUCAAGUUCAUGUACACAGACUGGGCAGACAGGGACAACCCUGAGACACGCCGCAAAACCCUGGUGGCCCUGUUCACGGACCAUCAGUGGGUGGAGCCUCGCUAUGGCUCCCCAACCUACUUCUACGCCUUCUACCACCACUGCCAGAGCCUCAUGAAGCCCGCCUGGUCGGAUGCUGCCCAUGGAGACGAGGUGCCUUACGUCUUCGGGAUCCCCAUGAUCGGCCCCACCGACCUCUUCCCCUGCAACUUCUCCAAGAAUGACGUGAUGCUCAGUGCCGUGGUCAUGACCUACUGGACCAACUUCGCCAAGACUGGAGAUGGGCACUUCUGCAGUCUUCUGGACUCUCUCCCGACUUCCAUGACUUGUCAGAGAUGAUGGCUAGAGGCUCAGCUACCU